AUGUCUUUUGGCGGCGGCGGCGGUUUCUCCUUCGGGUCGAGCAACAAUACUCAAAACACGGGAUUUGGAGGGUUCGGCAGCAAUACCAAUACUAGUACAGGUUUUGGUGGCAAUACCAAUACGUCCGGCUCCCUCUUUGGCAACAAGCCUGCCUCGAACCCUUUCGGAUCGACAACCACAAACACAACAGGUGGACUAUUUGGCAGCUCAAACACAAAUACUGGAUUUGGGUCGGGAAGUGGGUUUGGAAGCACCAACAAUGCCUUUGGCAAUAACACUGGGGGUUCAAGCUUCAGUUUUGGAAGCGCGUCGAAACCUGCUUUUGGUUCCGGUACCAACUCGACUCCCAUGUUUGGUCAAGGAGGUGCAGGGACAACUGGCGGUUUUGGAUCGACUUCAAGCCCAUUCGGUGCUGCUGGCAGCGGAACGGCUCUAAGCAAUCAACCUGUCCCUCCAUCCGAGGGCACCGCUUCCACGCCAUAUGCGCCCACGCUCGAAAAGGAAGCUGCAGGCCUAUCCAGUAACUACCAGAGCAUCAACUUUAUGCCACCCUACCAAAAAUACUCAUUCGAAGAGUUGCGACUAGCAGAUUACAAUGCUGGCCGCAGGUAUGGAAACUCCACGGGCCAGGCGGGUGGGUUUGGUUCAAGCACUUUUGGGGGCUUUGGCACAACCAACACUGGUUUUGGCACAAACACAAACACGAAUCCUUUCGGCACGACAACCACGUCCUCAUCAGGCUUCGGCUCCAAUACAGCAACGACCGGUUUUGGUGGCGGUAAUAGCCUGUUCGGAAACAAGACUGCUGGUACAAAUCUGUUCGGCCAGCAGUCCUCUGCUGCCCCUUCUAAUACCCUCUUCGGAACCUCCAACACUGCAACAAAUGCAUUCGGUAGCGGGAGCACGGGGUUCGGGUCAGGAGGGGGUCUCUUCAAUCAGAACCAAAACCAGAGUAAGCCAGGAUUGUUUAACACCUCAUCAAGUACUCCCUCGGCAUUCUCGUUCGGCAACGCCAACACUGCCAAUACGAAUACCGGAAAUGGUUUGUUUGGCAAUAACACCAAUACCGCGAACACUAAUGCAUUUGGUGGGAAUCAGCAACAACCUGGAGGAAUGUUCGGGAACAAUGCCAAUCAGCAACAGCAAAAGCCCUCACUUUUCAACAACACAGCGUUUGGAGCAUCAGCAAAUCAGAAUCAACAGCAAGGUGGUCCCUUCGGCAAUAACAACAACGCAGCCACCGGUGGUGGCAUUUUUGGCAACAAUACCAACACCAAUACCGCUACCAGUGGUGGUAUGUUUGGCACUAACAACACCCAGGGUACGUCUAUGUUCGGAUCUAAUGCCAACAAUCAGCAGAAACCGGGUGGUAUAUUUGGCGGGAGCACAUUCGGGAACACUGGCACCAAUACUGGUGGAGGUAUUUUUGGAAAUUCCAACAACCAACAACAGCCAGGAGGCUUGUUCGCACCCACAAAUACGAACACAGGUUCAGGGUUUUCCUUUGGAAAUACUGUCAACAAACCUGCCACCGGUUCUCUCUUUAACACUACGAACAACCAGCAGGGCGGCUUCGGUGGCUCAACUGGUAGCUUUGGAGGCCUGUUCGGCACUUCCCAAAAUAACCAACAGAAUCAACAGCAACCAGAUUUCAAGGUUUCGUCCUUGAAUGAUCCCAACCCUUAUGGGCAAACCUCUAUCUGGACUGGGCUGCCCGUGCCUACACCGGAUAAUUCAAAGCCACUUUUCACACCUUUGUCUGCCACCCAGAAGUUGAAGGAGAGUCAAUCAAAGCCACCGCCGAGCCUCAGACUCAAUCAGUCUCGUUACAUGACGCCCCCUAGACGAUCUGGCUUCGGGUUCUCUUAUUCGACCUAUGGCACACCAAACAGUGCGGCCAGCACACCUGGCGGAAGUGGCUUAAGUAGCAGCAUGUACGGUAGCCGUUCCUUCAAUGGAGGCAGCUUCGGCCGCUCAUUUGGCAAGAGUGCAUCUACCAACAAUUUGAGGUCUCACUUUGCAGGAGAUGGCGAAGGCGUGCUUAGCCCUAAUGCGUUUGCUUCCACAAAUACCAGAUGGUCAAGUGGAAAUAUGCGUAGGUUGACGAUCGAUCGGAGCAUCAGAAACGAUCUUUUCAGCCGACCUUCACUCCCUGCUUUCCCAACAAAUGCUCUCAGCCAGUCAGUCAAUGGGAACAAUGAGGUUGCUGUUGUUGCAAAUGGUGAACCGUCGUCGACCAGCGAACCGGCGAACAAGCUGAAGAAACGCGUGAGCUUCGACAAAGAUACCACUGGGGGUUCAAACGGGGCGUUGAAUGGCGAAUCUGGAGCCUUGGUGAGAACCGAGAGUGACCAAGACGAGGCUGAUGGCACUGCAGCUAGCCGUACUGUGAAUGGCACGACAACACCUGACGCCGAACCAGCUCGCGGCAAUGAGCUCGCUGUUGUUCCAGAAGAUCGCGAGUCUGAUGACGUGAUCUCUAGGAAGACGACCGUCCAAGCCAAGCCAGAUCCUCAACCUGGAGACUACUGGAUGAAACCUACUCGUGCUGAGCUGAGCAAGAUGCCUCGUGAGAAGCUGUCCCGAUUUGUCGGAUUCGAGGUUGGCCGAAAAGGGUGUGGUAAGGUUGUGUUCAACGGUCCUGUUGAUCUAACCAGCAUCCCUCUGGAUGAUCUCUAUGAGAAGAUUGUGGAAAUUCGUCUGCGAUCAGUCACCGUCUAUCCUGAUGCCAGUUCCAAACCACCGGUAGGCAAGGGCUUGAACGUGCCGUCGACAAUUUCCAUUGAGAACUCCUGGCCACGAUCCCGGGGUCAGCCUUCUUCUGCCACAAGCGGACCAAUCUUCGAGAAGCAUGUCAAUCGUCUCAAGAAGAUGCAUGGUACUGAAUUCGUGAACUACGAAGUGACCACGGGUGUAUGGACGUUCCGUGUCCCUCACUACACCCGCUAUGGUUUGGACUACGACGAAGACGACGACAUGGGCCAGAGUCUGCUGUCUGCUCCCCCUGAAUCAUUGAAUAGCGCCCGCUCCAUCGAAAGUUCGGGGAUGGACGUUGACAGUGAAGUACAUGAUGAUGACGAGCUUGAUGGUAACGAUGAUACAUUUGCGUUCAAACAAAAAACUCUACCUGGUGGAUAUGGUCGGCAGUCCGUUGUUGACUAUAGUGACGACGUCCCUGCGGCUCAGACAAUUGAGGAAGGUGCCGAGGGUUCUGAAAUGGAAGAAGACGAUUCCGAUUACGAAGACACCGACAACGAAGUGAGCAUGGUAGGCUCAUAUCCUCCACCUAUUGUUAGUCCCGGCAAACCGAUCCUCAAGCCGAGCACUGCCGGCACACCCGGCAAGGCGCUCAUCAAUAUUGACGGGGACUGGGCGGAACAACUCCAACGCACCAUCAGUCCACGAAAACAGAACCGUGAUGCUCUUCGACAGGUGCAGAGCAAAGUCCUUCUGGACCGCACGUACGAACCAAUGAAACCGAGUUUUGACUUCAAGAAUGUCAACAAGAGUGAAUUUCGAACGAGUAUCGACAUUAUGAAUUCGCUUUUCAGCAGACACGAGGAAAGAAUGGCCGAAUUGAAGGGAAAGAAGGGAAAGCCGCAGGCUGGUCCGGAUUUUGAGUUCCCCUAUGCAAAGCGCGCGAAGACAUUCGAAGACCAAAUGCGAGAUGAUUCCACUGAGCUUGGUGAAAACGAUAAGCUCUGGCACGAGAGUUUCAAGCCUCAUUUCACGUCUGCCGGUCAGCUUGUUUACAAGUCAUCCAGCGCUCCUGGCGACGAAAGGGAUUGGAUCGCAAAGGUACUGGCGCAAACCGAAGCUACAGGCCGGGAGGUUCUGAUGACUUCUCUCCAACCAGUUUGCAUUGAUAAUGUUACUACGUACGUCAAGUCAAUCUUGACAGAUGCUCAAGUGGUGCUCGUGGACAAUGUUCCCCUGGUCAAACACGAUGCCAUCUCGUUCUCUCAAGUCAAGAAUCACCUCAUACAGCAGCGCUGUCCUCCCGACGAACUGGACAUCUACGAAUUACUUCAUGUCCUUUUCGAUGACUACGAGGACGAGUUUACUCAAGGCCUAAAUCGCCAGCAACACCGUGAGUUCGAUUUGCGCAUCCGCAAGGAUCGCCUAUCGAAGUAUUUCUCGGAGCUAAUAUGGCGCCGCCACGGCGAGCGUAUCGAAGACGCCUCCAAACUCAACGGCGCAACAGCAGCCAUUAUGCAACUUACGGCGAACGGCACUCAUGCUGCGUGUGACGCGCUCAUGCAAGAGAAGGACUUUCACCUUGCAUUGUUGGUCGCACAAAUCGGACAGGCAGAUGCAGCUUUCCAGGAUGACAUGGCUGAUCAAAUCUCUGCAUGGCGCGGACAGGGAGUCAUUUCCGAAAUGAGCGAGGAGAUACGUGCACUGUACGAGAUAUUGUCGGGAAACACCUGCAUUGUGCAGGGAAAGCAGAAUGUGCCUGUCGAAGAUCGGGCGUCGACCUUCGCCAUCUCUGAAAAGUUUGAACUGGACUGGAUUCAGGCUUUUGCGUUGUGCUUCUGGUAUGGAAGGCACAAGGACGGAGAGAUCUGGGAAGUGGUCGCGGAUUUCCAUGAAAAGUUGAGUUCAGGGCUUGAAUCGGCUACGCCUCUGCGUGGGGAGCACGAGGACGAGGAUCCUCUGUGGGUGGUGUUGAAGAUCUUUGCGAGCAAUAAUGGGUUCACCAAAGCCAGGGCUGGUAGCAGGACGACACCUUCUGCCAGCGGUCGGGUCGAGAAGCCGGUACUCCCUCAGGCUCUUUCGGCUCUGUCACAGCCUUGGGAUUCUUGGAGAACUUUCCGCCUCCAUCACACCAUUGUUGCCACGAUACCAGGGGUGUCAAUUGACCAAGACAGAUCCGACGACCUAGCCAUGUCACUCGCUUUCGAGCAUUCGGCACGCACAAAUACGCUGGGCGCGGUCUAUGCACUUCUCCACCUCUCCAAACCAUCUCAGCGAGCUGCUCAGAUCCGCCACCUCUUCAACCACCAUGCCGCAACAUUACCAUAUGCACCACGUACCGACAGCGCCACAGCCAGUCAAGAUUCGUCCUUGUGGACCGCUUUCACCGCAUCUCUCCGGAUUCCUGCAUCAUGGAUUCACCAGUCCAAAGCUCUUCACGCGCGUUCAUGCAAUAAUCCCCUUGCAGAAUUGAACUAUCUCUUGGCGGCGGGAGACUUUGGCAGCGCUCAUGAUUGCUUCCUUCACCGUGUAGCUCCACGACUGGUCAUUGACGAAGACUGGAACACUCUUCGAGAGGUGUUGGGGUGGUUCGGAGAUGAGGCAGAGGGAAAGGUCAAUGCCGCCGUGGCGAGCGACAGCGCUACAGGGUCAACGGAAUGGAAAGACGGCGCACAAGUCUACACGGAUUUUACAGAACUGAUGGCGCUGAUGGAUACCUCUCAGGCACAACGACGUGGUUCUGCCGAAGGCACGUCGAAGAGAGCACUGCUUGCCCGACUUCAAGUGUCACUGACGGAGUUGAACGCACGAUUUAAAUAUGCCGCGACAGGGCCUAGAUCGAGCCACACAGACUUGAACAAGGACCGCGAGAAGCUUGAGGAGAUGGUUGCGCUGCGCGAGAUGGGACGAAUGGUUGCAAAGGCUUUGGAGCUGGAGCUGGAGAUGGACAAUGGCGUCAGUGAGCAGAGACAUAUGCUCGACCUUCCCCUUACGACGGACGCGAGGCUUGUGCAUGCACGAACUUUGGGGGUGGAUUAUUAUCGUGGUGUAAUGGCUAUGGCACGGUGA